AUGAGCACCGUCCCCCCCACACAUCCACAGCGCCCUGACGCUCCGUUCUCCGACUACCAGUCCCUUGUCCCAAGCAACCGCUCCUCCUAUUCCCUGGCCACCGUCGCCGAUACUUCCUCUCCAACCCCCGGCACAUCUCUUCUUGCGCACUCUGAGCCUAGCUAUGGCUCCAUACAGCCCUCCCAGCCCUCCAACCGCAGGCUCAUCUGGAACGCCGCGUUGAAGAUGGCCGUCAUUUUUUUCGUCAGCACAGCCCUUCUCGGCGGUACUCUCUGGCUUGCCCUUCCUACCCUUCAGGAGCAAGAUAGACCGAUGCUGAAGAUCCCCAAGAGCUUCGACGAGCUUAAGAAUCUCAACGUAUUGCUCAAGAAGUACCGUGACAUCUACCCCUACCGCAUUGUUGUCUGCUAUGUGAUCACAUACUUUUUCCUGCAAGCAUUCUCCCUCCCUGGUUCGAUGUAUCUCUCCAUCCUUGGAGGCGCCGUGUGGGGUGUGCCCCGCGCGCUACCCCUCGCCUGUGCGUGUGUAGCCACUGGCGCUACGCUUUGCUACCUGAUCAGUGCAGCGCUCGGACCCGCAUUGCUCACCAUGCCGCGCUGGAAAUCUAAACUGGACGUCUGGGCCGACAAGCUCCGCGCACACAGGGACGACAUCAUCUCCUUCCUCAUCGUCCUCCGAAUUGCGCCCCUGCCGCCGCACUGGGUCGUCAACGUUGUCUGCCCGCACGUUGGUAUCGGCAUCGUCCCGUUCUGGAUCAGCACGUUCCUGGGCAUUUUCGGCGUCACCGUCAUCCACACCACCAUUGGCGGCAGCCUGGACGAGAUGACGUCCCCAGAGGACUUCCACCUGAUCUCGUGGAGGAAUUUCUUCGGUCUCUCCGCCGUCGUUGUCGGCGUGAUGAUCCCCGUCGGCCUGCGCUACUACCUCCGCCGACAAGUCGCCGCCGUGGCGGACGUCGAGGUGGACGCGGAGGCCGCGGACGACGGCGCCGGCCCGAGCGAGGACCGCAUCCUCGAAGAGGGCCCGCGUGCGAACGUGGCCAAGGGCAAGGACGCACCGCUCAUCCUCUUCUCAGACGACGAUAGCGAGCUCGGGUCGGACGAGGACAGCGACGAGGACGUCAUCCUCGAGGCGGGCCCCGCGCUGAUCAUCAAACCCGACGAGUCGCGCUCGCUGCCCGGGGAGCGAGCCCGGCGAUGA